AAGAUGAUGGUGUAUCUGGACUCCUCGAUGCAAACGAAAGCAGCAGAACUGGCCGGUGCACUGGAUGAGUCCCUGAACAACAGAACCAUACAGAUCUGCACGGAGGUCCUCGACUGUCUUCGCAGCGGCGCCCUGGGCGACUGUAAGGAGCACGCAGAGUCGUACCGCGCCGAGUGCCACAAGCUUUAUCCCUACACGUUAGCUUUCAUGCCCCCCGGAUACGAGGAGAACACCAAGAUUGCCAACGGAGACGUUUCCACGGAAACGGAGGAGCUAGCCAACGAGAUGUGAGCACGGCAGUACGGCAGCGGAUGAGAAAAGGAACUGGGCCGAGCACGGAGCCUUGUGGUACGCCUGUGGCAGCCAUUUUUGUAGAGCCGGACACAGGAAGCGAAAAAUGGGUGUUUCGUCCUCAGGCUCAGCUCAGCUCUGACCUGGCUCGGCUCGGCUCUCUCCCACAUGGGUGAAAAUCAGGACUCUGUGUGUGCGUGCGUGCGUGUGUGUGUGUGGAGGGCGUGUUUGUGUGCGUGCAUGUGUGCGGUUGUGUAUUUGUUGGAAACAGAAGGAGGAGGGAGGGGAAGAAGAAGAUAAGUGUCCAUUUUACUUUUUUAAAACAGAGCUGGCAAUGCUGAACAUGAAAAUAAAGAAUCGGGAGAAACUGA